CCGCUGCCCCCCGCUGCCCCGCUGGGAGCGCGUAGCCUUCGCCGCGUGGCCCGGAGAGGAGGGAGACACAGAGGCGUUCCGCGGACCCUGCGCGCCCGGGUCUGCUCGGCUUCGCUGCGGAGACAGCCUCCGGACGCGGAGAUCUCGUGCAAACCAAAGGAGAUAACGGACAUAAGAACAUUUUGUAAAUAGAGAAAUGCUCUUCUGAUGUAAGCAGCUUUAAUUAAGAGUGAGUUUGGCUUCAGACAGUGAGCAGGCUGGCCAUGAACAGCUUGCCCUGUGAUUUCUGACACCAGCCACAGAAAGAGAGGACUAAUUAAAAGGGCCCUGAGUGAGAUGCUGUGGAUACAGAAAUGAUUAAACAAGACUGCUGAGCAUAUAUAGCUCACAAUCCAAUGAAGAGAGAGGAGGAUUACCACAUGAGGACGGCAGGAGCAGACUGAAGGAGAAAGCCUCUUAGGGGGAAGAAGUCAUUAGCCUGUCAUGAGUCGCCAGGACUUGAUGGAAAGUCAGAUUAGGAAGGAUUUAAGCUGCAGUGGAAAGCCUGGUGCAGUGCCUCGGGAGCAUUCAUCUUGAAUAUUUCCACUCCACUAACAUUGUCCAGUAGUAUUUUAACAUUCAACAAAAAUAGGCAGCCAGUCUUCAAGAAAUGAUAUAUGUUUUUGGAAAAAAAGCAAAUUGAAUUACAGGUGGACUAUAGGGCUAUCGUCCUGCACAGAAAUCCUGUGUGAACGGAAGGGACCAAGAAUGUUGAGAUUCACACCCGAACAUUUCAUGUGACAACUGGAUUCACCUCUUAUGCCUCUGCUUCCUCACCUGUAAAAUGGGGACCAUAGUAGCAUCUGCCAUCUGGAGCUUUUUAGAGAAUAAGUGAGCUAACACUUAAAAUCUGGCAAACGCUCAGCACUGGAUAAAUGUCAGGUGUUAUUAUUAUUAAUGUUAUCAUGAUUGAUAAA